UUCAAGGAGCUUGUUAUUAUUAGCGCUGUUUUGAUUUGAGAAAGCAAGCAAGCAAGAUAUACCUGACUGUAAGGAAACAAGUGCAACAAUGUUUCAGAGCCAAGCUCCCACAUGGUCAGACAUGCCAAGGACCUAUGGGCUCACUGGUCCAAUCAGCGAGGAUCUACCUGAAGAGGACAACUUGAUCCAGACCAGAAAACUGUUAGACACUAUGAAAUCCUACAAUGUAUAUGAAAACAACUUAGAAUUGGAGCACAGAGAAAGGGUUGUUAAAAGACUGGAGUCCCUCUUUAGGGAUUGGCUCAAAGAAAUGUGCAUAGAAAUGAAUGUACCUAAAGUGGUUACAGAAAAAGUUGGAGGCAAGAUCUUCCCAUUUGGCUCGUAUCAUCUGGGAGUUCACUCAAAGGGUGCUGAUAUUGAUGCUCUGUGUGUUGGACCUGGAUUCCUUGAGAGAAAAGCCUUCUUCACCUCCUUCUUUGCAAAGCUGAAAGCUCAGAAGGAGGUCAAAGACAUACAGGCCAUCGAAGAGGCUUACGUCCCGGUCAUCACACUGUCCUGGGAAGGGAUACAGAUUGACUUAGUCUUCGCUCUGCUGUCUCAGAGGAGCGUUCCUGAUAACCUUGACCUCCUCAAUAACAGCAUAGUGAAGAACGUUGUAGAUGCACGCUGUGUCAGAAGUUUCAAUGGCUACAGAGUUACAGAAGAGAUUCUCAGGCUGGUACCCAAUGUUCUCAACUUUAGGGUUGCUUUGAGAGCCGUCAAACUAUGGGCCAAACAGCGUAACAUUUACUCCAACAAGCUGGGCUUCUUGGGCGGUGUAUCGUGGGCCAUAAUGGUAGCCAGGAUUUGUCAGGUGUACCCAAAUGCUACCGCUUCUACCCUGGUGAUAAAAUUCUUCAAGAUCUUCUCCAUGUGGGUGUGGCCGAUCCCAAUCCGCUUGAUGGAAGUAGAAAAAUGCAACUACAACCUUCCUUUUUGGGAUACCAAGGUCAAUCGACGUGACCGCUGUCACCUAAUGCCCAUCAUCACCCCGGCGUACCCGCAGCAGAACACCUCAGUCAACGUUUCUCGGUCCACGUUUGCCAUCUUGAAUGAGGAGAUUGAUCGAGGUCACGCCAUCUGCCUGGAAAUAGAGCAGAAAAAAGCAAAGUGGUCCGAACUCUUUGAACAAACGGACUUUUUCAAAAAGUACCAGUAUGUAUUAAGACAUGUAAAGAUGAAAAUCGACAUUGCCACACACAGAACACAACUGUCUUCCCCAGUUUCCUUAUAUUGUACCACACAUCGAUGUUUUGCACUCGUGUCUUCUGAUUGUUCAUUUGUACUUUGACAAAGAAAAGAGCGUU